GCGCCGGCCGAGCUGCGGGUCCGCGUGCGGCUGCCCGACGGCCAGGUCACGGAGGAGAGCCUGCAGGCGGACAGCGACGCCGACAGCAUCAGCCUGGAGCUGCGCAAGCCCGACGGCACCCUCGUCUCCUUCACAGCCGACUUCAAGAAGGACGUGAAGAUCUUCCGAGCCCUGAUCCUGGGGGAGCUGGAGAAGGGACAGAGUCAGUUCCAGGCGCUCUGCUUUGUCACCCGGCUGCACCACAAUGAGAUCAUCCCCAGUGAGGCCAUGGCCAAGCUUCGACAGAAGAACCCCCGGGCGGUGCGGCAGGCCGAGGAGGUGCGGGGCCUGGAGCACCUGCACAUGGACAUGGCCGUCAACUUCAGCCAGGGGGGCCUGCUGAGCCCCCAUCUUCGCAAUGUGUGUGCCGAGGCCGCAGAUGCCAUCUACACCCGCCAGGAGGACGUCCGGUUCUGGCUGGAGCAAGGUGUGGACAGCUCCGUGUUUGAGGCUCUGCCCGAGGCCGCGGAACAGGUGCACCUGUCCCGCUGCGGGCAGGUGGGGGACGGCGGGAAGCCGUGUGUCUGCCGCUACGGCCUGAGCCUGGCCUGGUACCCCUGCGUGCUCAAGUACUGCCACAGCCGGGACCGGCCAGCCCCCUACAAGUGCGGCAUCCGCAGCUGCCAGAAGAGCUACAUCUUCGACUUCUAUGUGCCCCAGCGGCAGCUGUGUCUGUGGGACGAGGACCCCUAGCUGGUCUGGGGCGAAGGGGGCGGGCUCUGAGUUCGCUGCUCUGGGUCCACCACCCUCCCCCAGCCCCCACUGAGGCCUUAUUCCCUUCUCCUCCCUUGAUCGCGGAGCCUCUGGCCCCAUCUCUCAAGACUGUGAAAAGGGGUGUGGCAUGGCAGGGGUUAACUCAUGAAGGCAGCCCCCACUCCCACCCUGUGCCCCCAUUGGGGACCGAGAGACAAGGGUUCUUCUGACGUGGGGAACCUCAAUCUCCCCUCCCCGAAUCUCCCCUGAAGUGUUCUCUUUCCAGCAAACAAAAUGUGAUGGUCCAUGAUUCUAUUUAACUCUUUGAAGGCUUAGACCCUAAAAGGUGUCUUUGCCAGUUACACCGAGCACCCCCUCCACACCCGCCCCCCCAUCUGGAAGGAGCUGGCCCCUCUGUACCAUCAAAUGCCCAAUGAGGAGGGGGCCAUGCCCCAGAGAGGGGGCUGUUGGGGACCGUUGUCAUAGCCCCUCCCCCAGAUCACAGUGCCUUCUGCUCAUUGCUGGCUUCCCAACACGGGGGCAGGUGAGGCCCUCCCAGCCCAGACACAAGCUGCACGUGCCUUUCCCCCCAGACCCAGACAUUGCUGGGAGAACAGGCACCAGCGUCCCUCCUGGAAACAGAAAUAUUUUUGUAAGAUUCUGGGGCAGGGAGGGAGCAUGAAGUAUGAGGAAAACUUGAAUUCCAGAUUUUUAAUGCAAAGUAUUUAUCAUUUGUACCAGAAAUAAAAGUUUAUAAAUUUUUAUUUGACA